GAUCUGUAGAACUUUGUAAGUAUUUUUCUUUUUUAUUAGUCGUUUUAGGUGGGAAGGGAUCAUCUCUUGGUUCAGAGCUUCAUGGGAUCAGCAGAAGAUGUAUGGUUAAAGGGAUCACCGGAGAAGCUGAUCUAAUAUGCUUCGUUAUCAAUUACACCAACCUACAACGUAUCUGGGAGACUGUGGAUGAUGUGCAGGCACGAUAUGCAAAAUGUGGAAGAUAAAUUCUCGAGGGUGCAAUUCCAUUGUCAAUUGUGGUUUUCCUUGAUACCAAGCAAGGAUAGCCUUCAAUUUCAACUGCGCGUUUUCGAAGGGAACAGGUAAGCUUCCUUUAUUUUUAUUCCAAGUACGCGUUUUCCACCUUUUGACCAUUUGGCAAUGAAUGCUCAACGCGUAAUGUGGACUUUUGCCAAUGGAGUUGUUGGAUUAUGUAUACGUGUAGGAUUAAGGAAAGUUAACAAGAGACUAGAAUUACCAUGAAGCUACUGGGAAACAGCCCCACAUACCAAUUCUUUCGCAAUUUAUCUUAGAGUCGGUGAUAUAUAAAUAAUUUUUUAUAUAAUUUUUAUGUAAAUAAUAUAAAAAAAUUAUUCUCCAAUCAUUUCUCUUAUCUUAGCGCUUAAGUCACCUUAUUGGCUGCUAAUGUUGACUUUACCGAGGGAGCUGUUGAAUUGUUUAUGGGUGUAGUCUUAAGGAAAGGGUUGUUUUUUUUUUUUUCUUUUUUAAGUAUUAAUUUUUUUUAAAUAUUAAUUUUUCAGUAUUAAAUUUUAAUUAAUUUAAAAUUAAAUUACGUUAGAUCUCAUAAGAGAGUUCUCUCAGUUUUUAUUUUUUCGUUUAUAAGAUUUAAAUUUAAAAUUUUAUUUUAAGAGAAAUUAAGUUUGUUUCAAGUUUAACCAAGAGGGAGGUUAUUGGUAACCUUCAAGAGAGUUAACGAAAGACUAAUGGUACCAUCUUACCAACUCUUUCACUAAUUUAUCUUAAGUUGGUGGUGUAAAAAUAAUUCUGUUAUAUAAUU